AUGCCUCGGCUGAAUUCAGCGCUCCCAGCUAUACCGAAAACAUAUCCGGUACAAGGAUACCGACAUUUCUUGACACCGCUUAGAAAGUUGAUCUUUGACUAUGAUGCCGAAUCACCUUCGCAGCAGGGUAUAAGAUCGUUCAUCAAGAAACCUCUGAUAAAUCUAGCCCGAGAGAACCCAGAUGUUGAGUUUGUAGUGAGGAGGCUGAAGAGGGGGAAAGCUGCGGUCUUGAGAGGACAUUACGUUAAUGGUCGAGAUAAGGUGAUAUGUGUGAACAAGUUGGAGAUGGAUGGUGUGUCGAAUAAGGUCAAUCUGUUACUGAAUUCAUCCGGAGCCAAAAUCAAACCACUCAAAAACCUCACCUUGGAAGCUGCACCAGCAUCAGAAUCAGCUCGAGGAGUCUGGUCCGCACUCCAUGAUCAGACAAAGGACGGACAAGGGUAUAGGAUAUAG